AAAACGAAUCACCGUCAUGUUGCUCAGAGACACAGAACAGUGCUGUUGCUGUGUUUGAAAUGAGUUCUGUUGGAAAAUGGAGCAAGAACGUGUAAUAUGGUGUCUACAACAGAAGUCUCUUAAUGAACUUCUUGUUUACUGAGCUGUAAACAGCGUCGCUUUUACAAGCGUGAGUUAGGUUACUACUUUGCAUAUAGACCAGUUGUUGUUUCCGCAAUCAUCAAUUUAAAUGGAUAUACUGACAAAUAAAGUAAAUAAACUUGAGAUUUAUAUUGGGGCACGUGCUCCAGUAGUGAGGCCUCUGGAAACAUCUCCAAAAACUCUCCACCUCUCAGUGUGGUUUCUCGUCCACAAGGGGGCAGGGUUUCUUCUGGCGCUCUUCAGGAGUUUGAGGAGUAUCUAGAGGAGCAGGACUUGUUGAGAUGAUCAGACUGGAGCUCCGCUCAUCCACAGCACAUCGCUCAUCAUCCGGAUCCGUGAGAGCGUCGCGAUGAUGCGGAGCGCGUUAUUCGCUCUGAUUGUGUUCGUCGGCUCACUUCAGGCGGAUAAACGCGCGGCGGAGAUGAAGAUGAGCCUGAUGGAGUCUUCAUCAUCAUCACCAUCAUCAUCAGCCUCGUCGCUGGAGCUGAACCCCUCCGCAGCGCGGAUGCUGAAUCGCGAUGCUGAAGCUGAUGAAGAUGCGCGCGCGCCGAGAGUUCCGCGCGGGUCCAAACACAAGCAGCAGCAGCGCGAGCGGAACGCGCACCGACACCCGCGACCGCAUACCGACCCCGACGCGUUCUUCACCACGCCGCGAGUGUUCAACGGCUCCCUGCGCGUCCACAACCCGCUGCACCCGCUCACGGAGGAGUCGUACAGCGCGUACGCCGUCAUGCUGCUCGCGCUCAUCGCGUUCUCCGCGGGCGUCGUGGGUAACCUGGCGCUCAUGUGCAUCGUGACGCACAACUAUUACCUGAAGAGCACGUGGAACUGCGCGCUGGCCAGCCUGGCCUUCUGGGACUUCAUGCUCCUGUUCUUCUGUCUGCCGGUGGUCAUCUUCAACGAGCUGACCAAGAGGAGACUGAUGGGAGAUCUGUCCUGCAGGAUAGUGCCAUACGUGGAGGUGACGUCUCUCGGCGUGACCACGUUCACUCUGUGUGCGCUCAGCAUCGACCGCUUCCACGCGGUGACCAGCGUUCAGCCGCGGCCGCAGCAGAUCGAGCCCUGUCAGUCCAUCCUGGCCAAGCUGUCGGUGAUCUGGGUGGGGUCUCUGGUUCUGGCCGCCCCGGAGCUGUUGAUGUGGCAGCUGCAGCAGGAAGUGUCUCCACGGACGGGUCUGCCGGUGGACUCGUGCAUUCAGCAGCCAUCUGUGACGCUUCCCGAGACACUGUACUCGCUGGUGCUGACGUACCAUCAGGCAAGGAUGUGGUGGACCUUCGGAUGUUUCUUCUGUAUGCCGCUGUUGUUCACCGGCGCGUGUCAGCUGCUCACACGACACGUCACGAGCGAGAACGCCAAGAGCAAAGCCGCGCGUCCGUCCUCCAUGUCAUCUUCAUCGUCCUCCGCGUCCUCGUCUCUGAAGAAGCAGCGGCGGGAGCGUCAGCUGACUCGUACAGUGGUGGCCUUGGCAUCCAUUUACGGCAUUUGCAGUUUGCCAGAAAACGCCUGGAACAUCGUUCUGGCCUACGCAGGCGUGGAGGUGGGCGUGGCCACAAAGGCACUGCUCGCUCUGAUUGGCCAGUUCCUGUUGUUCGUGAGGGCGGCAGCGACGCCCAUCCUGUUGCUCUGUAUGUGUCGCUCUCUCGGACGGGCAUUCAUGGACUGCUGCUGCUGCUGUUGUGAUGAGUGUCUGCCGGAUCCUUCGUCGUCGUCCAUGUCUUCGUCCACCAACGCCACAGCCGUCUCCUCGUCCCUGUCCUCACCUGUCUCCGUCCAGGAGGAGAAGCUGAAGAUCGUGUCGGGGACGUCGCCCGCAGUUUUCUUCGAUAAAGUGAAGGAUGGUCCACCCGAGCUGAUCAUCGGAACGCCAUGUUGAUCUCGGAAUGUUGGAAUGCGUAUCAGUUUAUAAAAACUGUGAAUGAAAUAUCGCCCAUCGCUAACACUCUUAAAGGGACAGUUCACACAAAAAUUCUAAUUCCGUUGCCAUUAAACGUUCCAAACCUAUUUGACUUUAUUUUGUUUAAAGAUUACAAAAAUGUGUUAUCACUACAUUUUAUCAAAUUAAAAAUAUGAUCAAAUUUAAAUAUUAUAAGCUAUAGAAUUAUCAUGCCAUGAUUCAACGCUGGAUGAGGAGAGUUAUACGCAGAAAUGCAAUUUCCCAUUUCUUUAUCUACGUCCAAAAGGUCUAGUUUUUUACUUUAUCACAUUUAGCGACUUAACAAUCCUCGAUUAGUUGCUGUAUUUCAGUCUCUAAGUCUAU